AGCUUCAGUUGUUCAACAGUUUGGGGUCUCUUUUAUCGUAUUUUACGCUUCAUAAUGCGCCACACAUUUCCAAUGGGAGACAGGUUUGGACUGCAGGCAGGUCAGUCGAGUACCUGCACACUUUUACUACAAAGCCACGGUGUUGUAACACGUGCAGAAUGUGGCUUGGCAUUGUCUUGCUGAAAUAAGCAGGGGCGUCCAUGAAAAAGACGUUGCUUGGAUGGCAGCAUAUGUUGCUCCAAAACCUGUAUGUACCUUUCAGCAUUAAUGUUGCCUUUACAGAUUGAAAGUUACCCAUGCCUUGGGCACUAAUGCACCCCCAUACCAUCACAGAUGCUGGCUUUUGAACUUUGCGUGGAUAACAGUCCAGAUGGUUCUUUUCCUCUUUGGCCCAGAGGACACAACGUCCACUAUUUCCAAAAACAACUUGAGAUGUGGACUCGUCAGACCACGGAACACUUUUCCACUUUGCAUCAGUCCAUCUUAGAUGAGCUCAGGCCCAGAGAAGCUGGAGGCGUUUCUGGAUGUUGUUGAUAAAUGGCUUUCGCUUUGCAUAGUAGAGUUUUAACUUGCACUUACAGAUGUAGCGACGAACUGUAUUUACUGACAGUGGUUUUCUGAAGUGUUCCUGAACCCAUGUGGUGAUAUCCUUUACACAUUGAUGUCGGUUUUUGAUACAGUGCCACCUGAGGGCCUGAGCCUGCUCACCUGUUCCCAAUCAGCCUGCUCACUUGUGGGAUGUUCCAAAUAGGUGUUUGAUGAGCAUUCCUCAAAUUUCUCAGUAUUUUUUGCCACCUUUCCCAACUUCUGUGUCAAGUGUUGUUGCCAUCAAAUUCUGAAUUAAUUAUCAUUUGCAAAAAAAGUAAAGUUUAUGAGUUUGAACAUUAAAUAUAUUGUCUUUGCAGUGUGUUCAAUUGAAUAUAAGUUGAAAAGGAUUUGCAAAUCCUUGUAUUCCGUUUGUAUUUAAGUUUAUCACAAUUUACCAACUUCAUUGGAAUUGGGUUUUGUAUAUCGUUUAAAUGCGGUAUAUCAAAAGUAUUAGAAACGUCUAAACAGAUUAGUUCACCCAAGGAUAGCAUAUUAAUCCUUAAGUGUUUUCCUGUCUUAUCAAAGGGUCUUAAAAAUGAUAACGAAAGUGAAAGCAAACUAACUUGUUGCGAUGUCUCGCUGUUCGCUAAAUACCCACCUACCAUCCAAACAAGGCUUAGAAAUCCACGUAGCUCAAAAUUCAUAAGGAGUUCCAACUUAUAAGAAAAAAGUCUCAUCCACUUACUUACACAAGUCGUUUUACAUAACCUAUAUGUCAAGUUGUAUCGCCCUCAGUAAGCAGCGCUCAAUAAAUGACAAAGCAGUUUGUGCUGCACUUACCUGUCAUACUCCGAUCUUGUCAAAAACAUCUUGAAAUCUUCGACACAGGAGCUGCAGAAAGAGAGGAUUUAUAUCUCAAACACUGUUUGAUCUUAAAAGUAAGCCAAAGCAAGAGAAACCUAUUCUUUGAAUGAAGUUUGCAGUAACACCGGGUUACUGCAAGUAGCCAGCGUUAGCCGCGAUGCUGAGCAAGCAUGCUAGCUAAGUGGCGCGGCCAAACACUUAAAAACGACAAGCUCACACGGGUUUAACAACAAUUCUCCGACAUAACAUUUACAUUUAAGAAAACACAUGCUGGAGUAUUCAUGUUUGAUCAGACUAUUUCUACUUGUCAGACUCAUUUACCUCAAGCCACAGACCCUUGAAUGAGUUCGCUUGUUUUAGGGGAAGCGUACACGGUGUAACAUCGGAACAAGCCGUCUGUAAACAACAACGAAAAAAGACACACAGUUCCGCCAACCCUGCACAGCCAUAGACAUUAAAUACGUAGACGCCUCGUUACGUUCUGGAGCAUAAUCCGGCGUCGACGCCAUAUUGGGUGGGUCUCCCCACUCCAUUCUCGCCCUUGAGCCAAACGGGGUCAAUGGAGAACGAGCAACUAUAUCUGUAUUUUUGCACUCUAUGGUUGAAAAACCCGACGCAGUAUUGAAACCAGAUCACGUAGGAUUACAUAUUACAAAUACGAUUUAUAAAUAUAUAUUUUUUAUUUUUAAUGCGUAACAUUGUCCUGUAUUAUUGAUACAUCCCUGCCCUUGUAACAAACCAAACAGUGUAAAAAUCGGGCAGAGAUUCGGAGAGUUAUAAUCAAUAUGGUUGGGCAUUCCUACCUACCUUAAUGCACUGGAGGCGCACGGGGGACCAAUCCAAGAUGGCGGCCGCGCUGAUACGAGAGCCCCAAUAGGCAACGUCAGGCUUUGAGGUGUCUACGUAUAUAAUGUCUAUGUGCACGGCCAUAUGAGUUCUACUGAGUCCAUUUUAAAUAUUGAGUAACGAGAACAUCUUUACUUCUGUGUGAUUUAAAAUUUAUAAAGCAAAUUAACAAAGUGUAGUUAUUUUAUUCUCAUUUUACAUAAAAGUAAUAUCAACCAUGUUAUUUUGAAUUUACACACUAUGCACAUUAUGACAGCAAAGGUUAGUUAUACUCGGAAAAUAAAGUUUAAAAAAGUCUGAAUUUAAGAUGAUGUUUUGGAAGGACGUUAAAUAUUUCAAAGAUUUAAGAUAUUACUGACUUUUUUAAAACAAGAAGGAAAAGCCUGUUUUCAGAUAUCUGUCUUUUAAUCAGAUUAAUACUGACUGGACUGUCAAUGUGGAGAGGCGUUUUUUUAUCACAAUUUUAAAAGCAAGAGUACAGUUUUAGGAGUAAUGUGUUUCAUUGAAGUAUAAAAAUAACCCCUUAUAGGGUUGUAUUAGGCAUAAAAGUUAAAGCUAGGAGAAUGACACAACAUUGCGUUUAAAUGGCACAUGACAACUAAGUUACACAGAUAUCAGGGAGAGACAUUUUUUUACCCUGAUCAACCAAUACAGCGACUUGAUUUAUAUAAUGAUUUGGCAUCACUCGUUUCAAUAAACCCGACAUCACUGAUGGCAAAUUAGAUUAGAUUUUUAUUGCUCGUUGCUCAUUUUAUCGCUGUUGUCAUGGUGAUAUACCAACGUCCCAUAUGGUCUAGCGGUUAGGAUUCCUGGUUUUCACCCAGGCGGCCCGGGUUCGACUCCCGGUAUGGGAACGCCCCUUUUACACGUAAGUUGAUAUAGAACCAUCGCACCUGAAACUCAUCUGACUGAAACAAUGUCGUUACCCAGUAAUCCCUAAAUGAAGCAUAGGUUGCAGAGCGAAGGCAGGUGAGUGGGAGUGUUCAUUUGAGGCUAAAAAUUGCUGUAUAAUUGGUAAACAUACGAGCAAAAAUAUCUCACCCUUUCGUUGGUUAAAAUGCAUGUACAGGUUAUAUUAGACCUUUAGAGGGAAUUUAUUCACUUCCAUACCUUUUUUUCCCUUUUGUGUCCAAAUUCUGCUUGCUUGCUGUAAAUCAGCCGCUAGAGGUCCCCCUCCAGCUGGACAAGAGAGCUGUCGUUAGGUACAAUGGAAACUAUUGAAUUUAUGACACAAACACAGAAAGUACACUUUUUAUAUGUCUACAGGGAAAUAACGCAUUCAUAUUUAUUUAUGAAGUGAACAGAAAUCGGGUUAAAAAAAUCUUUGUGACACUUUGUGACAGUUUCAUCUGAAGGUCUGUCAGAAUUUGCAGAAGUACAAAUGACCAGAUGGUUGAAACAACACUUUGAUAACCAUCGAACACCUCAUGUUAGAUUUGUAUAAUUUUUGUCACAAUAUUUGUCAUUGACUUUUGCAGUGAUUCGUGGUAUUUGCAACAAUGCAAAAGUAUAAAAAUAAAAAAAAAUCAACUCACCAGUACCUGUGUAGUCCAGUAAUUGGAUCAAACACUUAUUUUCAUCAGGCUUAAGGCAGUAGGUUAUAAGUGAAGAAAAAGCAAAGAAGACUUGAAGAGUUUGUUUAUCCUCUUUGGUGUGUUAGGAGGAUGUUAACGCACUAUAGGUUAAUUUAAACAUAAAUAUAACUUUUUAUUGUCAUUGUAAAGUGUUAAACUUUUAGCUUAGACAGGAGGUGGGUGUGAAACCAGGUCGGUGGUGUCGGGUUUCAGUUCCCGGGUGGGAUCAGUUCAGUUCGGUACCGUGUCGGUUCUGUUGUUGAAGCCCAAACGUGGCGCUGCUUCUUUCUUCUUUAUAGUCUACACUUGAGUCACUUCAAGUUUUGUCGCUAUUGUGUUGAUGGAUAGACAGCCCGGGAUUUUUUACCCUCAGGACAGUCUGCCAGGUGUGCAACCUUGAUAAGUUUACUUACUGUAGUGUACCCUCGAAAUAGUCAACAUGAAGACCCAGAAGGACAUCAUUCUCUUCUUGAUCCACAGUAAGUAGCCUUGAGUUUGUACUGUGGACAUUAGUGUUACAUAUAUAUCAGAUUUCUGCAACGUGUAAUGUGUUUGCAUGCAUAACAAACUAACACCAUCCAGAAAAUCUUAACAGAGGCUUAGUGAGGCUAAAAUGAAAAAGUGCUGAAUUAGAGUAAAAAGUAAAACACUUUUUAGUUAAACCUGUUGUAUUGUUUUUUCUGUUGUUAUGGAUUAAAAUAAGAGACUUGGAAAAAAUAGCUGACUCUUUAGGUUUACCUGCUGCCAUGUAGCCCAGAGACCAAUAACUUGUCCAAACAUCUCCAUGAUAAUAUUAAAACCAGACUUGUUUUCCUACUGCUCACCUCAUGCAGAUUCCUUUAACUGAGUCAGUACGGACAGAGUCAAAACAGAUCCACUAAACUGUGCUUAAUGUAGGCCUUUAUUAUUUAAAGAGUAACCUUUCAACUAUUGAUUAAAAUCAGACAUAUUAACUUAGAUUUAAUGAAAACAACUUCAGCAAUCUGUCUGCUGUUGGUUCUGCCCCAUUCACUUCCUAAUUAACCGUGUAUCAUUUAUUAGUUUAAUAGUUAUAUCAAUGUCAGCUGUGAUUUAAUCAACAUUUUAAAAGGCUUACUUCCAACAGUAAUGUAUUAUUUUAACACAAUAUGCAGUCAAAGUGGUAACACAGUGUCAGCUAAAGUGAUUAUUCAUUUUUCCUCCUGUUUCUGUUUCAGUACCUGUGGCCUUCCUCUUCACUGCAGGUAUGUUUCUCCGUGGGUGUGUGUGCGUCCACAUAUUGUAUUUCUACAUACUGUAUUUUAAUUGUAUUUCUUGCAAGGGCUUUGGGGAAGGCUAAAUGCCCAGGGAGUGAACUUUUCUGUCUCCUCAGUGUUUGCACAGUCGGACAGCAGCAGCAGCGUGGUGGUGGCAGGGUACAAUAUAAGCGCCCCCGCCGGGUCCAGUGUCUUGCUACAAUGUGUGAGUGGCCGGAUGGUGUGGACCAGAGACAGGGUGCGGGACAGACAGAGGGUGCUCCACUGGGACCUAUACCGAGCCGGUCCAGACUACGCCAUGGAGAGGGUGGUGGACAUGUUCUCAGCGGGAGACCAGAGGGUGUACAACUCCUACAACCUUGGCAGGGUCAGCCUCAGCCAAAAAGCCUUCAAGGACGGAAACUUCUCUCUGGUCAUAAAAGGUCCCAUACACUGUCUGUGAUUUUAUCUAUCUGUUGUUGGAGUGGUCUCUCAUUGUGAUUCACAUGUUGUCUGUUUGACUGGUUAACUUCCUGUCUGAUGAGUUACUGCUUUGCUUUGAGGUGUUUUUCAUACUUGUUUUCUUUGUUUAACAAGACCAAAUGUCCCAUACUUAGCUGUUUUUUAAACUGCAUUCUUGCCAAAGUAAUCCGGCUGAAAAAAGGGUCAGACAAGGAAAUGUUUCAGAUGUGGUAAGCCAGAUCUUAAUAUGAACCAUCCCAUCAUUGCUUUAGUUGGGCUGCCUACACAAAAGCCUAAUUUAACUAUACAUGCUGAAAGUGUGUUUAUUAUUGUGAGGCUUUUAGGAUAACAGGCUCUGUUCCAGACUUACUCAUAAAUCACACGGUUGCUGAGGACUUUAAUGUUGGUGCAUCCAUUCUUGUGGGGGGACCGAAACACUCACACCUCCAUUGUUACAAUUCAAGAUUUUUUUCUUUAGUUUUGUUGUUGUUUCGUUGUUGUUGUUGUUGUUGUUGUUGUUGUUGUUGUAUUUUGUUGCCUGUCUGCACUGAAUAGUUCCUAAACAAACAAAAAAACAACAACAACAAUGAAAGCAGGCAAUACUUAAGUGUCCUUUCAGCAUAUGUAGAUAAACAAUUUUUUUAAUGGAAGUAGGGAAUAGGGAACAACAGCUAUACUGUCAUAGUUUUACCAUGUACAAUAUCAGUAUUUCUGUAUGUCAUGACAGAUGUGACCAUGAAUGACAGAGGCCUGUACUCCUGCAACCUCCACCAUCUCUACUGCCACCUGUAUGAGACCAUCCGAAUACAGCUCAAUGUGACCAAAUCCCGUAAGUAUUACACAGUGUAAGAGGAAGCAUCGGCAUUAUGAAGUGAUGUUAAAGCUGAUUUUUUCCAUUUUGUACACUUACUUUGAAGGCCGUAAAGAGCAGCGCUUCUGGGAUGGGCAAAAGGCAGUGUAUGUGGUGUUACUUGGCAGCACUGUGGUUCUACCGUGCAUCAACCGGCGCAAUGUGUGGACAGACUGGAGCAACGAGGAGGAGGACCAGCAGGUGUGUGGACUGUACCAGCUUGUUUGUUGGGUACAGUCUAGGUAUAAAUUCACUCCCUUUUAGCAGGGUAUGUAAUAUUGAAAAAGAAGUAUAACAACCUCUCAAUACCUUGGUGGCUUUCAGGUAGUCCACUGGGACCGGCAGUCUCCAGGAAUCCGCCAUGACCGUGCAGACAGGCUGGUAGACCUCUAUGCCUCUGGGGAACAACGUAGCUAUGGACCACUUUUUCUACAGAGGAAGAUGAACAUCAGUAACCAAGCUUUCGCAGAAGGAGACUUUUCCCUCACUAUAUCUGACCUACAGGUAUGUAAAUGUGUCUGAGUGCAUGACAAGAGAAAACACCACAGGGACCAAAAAGUUGAAGUGCACAAAGAAAGACUACUGUGACAGCAGCCACUCUUUGCAUUUAUUUUUCUGAAUUUCUUGUCCCAAAGUUUCAGGAUGUUUAGGUCAAUUACAGUUCAGAAGGCUCAAGUACUCUUAGUUGUUAUCCAUGUUGGGCUGAUGUCAAUCCAGAGUUUCGUCAUGACAUUUGACUGACAAUGAUGAAUGGUUGGAUAUAAAGCUACAUCAUAUCUACAUUAAUGUGAAAAUCCAGUCUUUAUUUUGUGUUGGAGUAGUUUGACCAUUAAAACCCAAUGUUGGGUUUAUGUUUUCCUCUAACACUGGACUGACAUCAAAUUUUGGUUGGAUAUGUGCUGAUGAGUGAAUAUGAGACCCAAUAUUCCAAUAUAUUCAACAAGAUUCAGCCUCUAAAGGCCAACUUUGACACAAAGUUGGUUUUUUUUAGAACAAAUAUCCAUAUUCAACCCAAUUCAACAUCUAUCCAAUGUUGAAGUUUGAUAUCAACCUAGUCCUGGGUUUGUGUGUGAGCCCUGUAUUCAUCACAUUCUACAUCAAGUUCUGCCCACCAAAGGAGGUUGUCAUUAGCCAUAGUGGGGUUUUUAAGUAUUUCUAAGACUGAAAUCAAACAAAAAUUCAAAGGCUGCCUGAUGUUUGUUUUUGACAUCAACAUCAAAAUUUACUUCACUUUGCUGCAACAUAACAAACAAUGUACUGACAUCCUUCUCUGAAGUUAGAAAGCUGUGAAUAUUGAUUGGCUAUGAUAACUGGGUUGACAUAAAAAAAAUAAACAGUGGGUAAAAGUCAAUCUCAAAUUCGAAACAGAUGUAGAGCUUUGGUAGAAUAUGUAUUUGGACCCACCACCUAGUUGAUGACCAGCCAUUACAUUCCUGGUUGCAUAACAUGAACAUCUGGUUGACGUCAAAACCCAACUUUGGGUUGACAUUCAUUUUUCAGUGUUCGACAGAUGAUGAGUUUUGGUCAGAAAUUAUCAUUGUAUCUAUUUUAAAACCAGAUCAGGUUGAUCUUUUGUAAAUCUGGAUUAAGUUGCUGUCUUGUCUGAACAAGAGUUAUAUUUUGAGUUGCAAACCAUGGCUACUUUUUUGUUGUUCUUUGUUUUGGAUUACACAUUACUCACUUACUUACUGUCUUCAUUAAUCAUACAGCCCACUGACCAGGGGAAGUACUCCUGCCACCUCCACCAUCACUACUGCGGCCUACAUGAGAGACGAGAGUUUCAGGUCAUGGUGGAACCACCAGUGAUACAACCCACCCUGCCAGCUAAAGCCCUGCCCAGUGCAGACAAAGGUAACACACUAACACACACACACACACAAGACCGCCACUGUAAAAGCACAGAUUCCUCCUCGUGUCCUAGUUACAGGCCUGUGUGAGUGCUUAAACGGAGAGGAUGUUUUAUAAAUUCACAUGGAUUCAAACUACCAUGUGUACAAUUAAGAUGUCAAACAUUCACAAACAUCUGUUUUUUCCGUCACUCUCUCCCUCUGUGCUUUCUCAGUUUGCUCUCACUUAUCCUUGACAUGUUCACAGAGCAGAGGAACAGCAGAGGAAGGCGAGAUGAUUCUAGUGGGGAAAAUCUUACUUCUAUUUGUUUCAUUAGAGAUGUUUUUCUUGCACUGUCAGCUUGUCUGACGCCAGACCCCUAAACCCACAUUACACUCCCUCCCAGCCCAGGUCUCCAAUCCUCAGCCUCAUCGCCCCUCACCUUCUUCUCAACCCAACACCCUCUCAGAUGUUUCCUUAAAUGGAACCACUCAUCACACCUUUCUGCUGCUUUUUCAGCUGUGCAGUGGUGCUUGAGAGUCUGCUGAUCUACUUUCUGCUUUGCAUGAUCCUUCAACUGUUCCACAUAUAUCUCCCAGCGCUCGAGAGUUUCUUCUUUAAAAAUGUGCAAAAUAGAUAAAGAGAGGGAGCAGACGGAGAAGAGGGUUGUCUCAUUUGCAUGCCAGCUGCUUCCUCGGAUUCUUGGAGAAUGAGUGCGUUUCUGGUGCAUGUGUUUGUUUCCAGUAUCGAAGCAAAGACGAUGAUGGCAGAUAUAUCAAUGUGGGAAAAUUAUGGAGAGAGGUUUAGAAAUACUAAAUGCUUGAGGCAGAGUCUUAGAGUGUGUGUUAGUGUGUGUGGUUGCAUGCGGACAAAAGAGCGUGCCAAAUCCGAUCUCAUUUCUGUGGAAUCUCUCAGAUACAGUCAAAAGACUAAAGUCCAGCUUCUGCCCACACAAAUAAUCCUCUGCUCUCCAAGCUGUAAUGAUACAGCAGGAUUGCACCAUGGGAAUUUCACUGGUUUAAAACAAAAUGGAUCGCUAAUUUAUCUCGAGCAAAGAAGUAACACUGUACAGUUUCUUCCCCUGAGGUAUUUCAUUUUCUUAUCUUUUCUUGCCGUGCCCUCUGUGACUGUCUGCUGCCUUGUUGACUUUGGCUCUCUCCUGACUUUCUGGAGGAGUUUUACCCCUUCUUCGUGCCUUGUUCUCUCUCUCUUUUCCUCCUUCUUUGAGGAUCCCACAUGCUCAGGUUUGUUUAUUUUCAAUACCGUCCAUCUUCCCAUUGCUUUCCCAGAUCUCUUUACAUUCCUUAAAUAGAAAGUGAACUCUUUUGGGUUUGUUUAUGGAUGAAAAGAGGAAGUUAGCCUCAUAUGUUCAACAGAUGGAAACACUAGACAUACUGAGAGACAGAUAAAGAGCGCAAGAGGGAGACAGAAGGAGUUACAAAGAGAGAGAAGUAAAAAAAGAGGGGGCGAGAAGUCUGUGGAUGAAAUAAGGGAGAAAAAGAUGUAGGUCACCCCUCCCUCCCACUCACCCAUCAGAGUAAUUCCUCCGGAGGGUUUGGGUAAGGGGAGAAUGGGGCAGCCAGUCUAAACACAAACACACAUGUUCAAUUCUUGGCACAAGUCAGGAGAAAAUGUCUCGAAACUAAGCAAAAGGAUCAGAGGAUUUAUUGUGUUCAUGACCAUGUUGUUUUCAUGUAAGCUGCAGCUGUACUAGAGGGUUUCGGGUUUGGGAUCUCAGGGCGAGGUCUUUGCUAACUUUAUUUUGUGAAGCAGGCCUCUGGAGAAACAUCUCACCCGCGUCCCCUUCCUCUCCCUUGGCUCUGCUCCUCUGUUCCACCCGGCUCUGUACUUCCUUCACUCCUCUUCCUAUCCUCACUUCUGUGUUUUACUGCCAGGAAAAGUAAAUCACAGCAUGACUCUAGUCUGGAUCUUAUUCUGGCUCAAAUCUGUCUAAUCUGAGUUCCGUACAGCUGCUUCUUGCCUUGCACAUUUUUCAAACAAGUCCCCUCUCCUCUGCUUUUCAGUACACCACAGAACUGCACACAUCAUCUAACGCUGGCUGGCUAAUUAUUUUCACCACUCCGGAAAUUAUACCAGCAUUUUAUUUUCCAGCUAGGAAAAGUCAUUGCGUAAAGAAGAUUAUUAUAAAGUAAUUCAUGAGGAGUUGGAGCUCCUUUUGCAUUACAACACAGAUGGGACAAUAAAUGUACAUAUUUGAGUCACCUGCAUGGACUGAAAAUCAUCUUCAUUUGGAUUUAAGAAAAUUCUCUGCUGGUGAGCUCAAGUGUCACUCUUCUAGCAUCCAACUUAGCCUGUUCUAUAAACAUACAUUAUGAUUUAAACACAACUUUACUUUUGUUGAGUGUCUGAUACUAAUCAGUGACAAAAAUUAGGCUCCAAAAGACUUAAAAGUGCCAUUGGCUAUUGAUGAUUACAAAACAGUCAUGGUCCUUUGCUCUUAUUCAAACAUCAAAACAGAGAUUUGAAGUCCUUGAAGUGCCACUGAGGAGUUUGAGCAAGUUUUGAAACAAACCAAAACUUACCUACAAAAGCAAGAAUGACCCUCAGCAACAAGACUGAUCAUAUCAAUAUGGUUUUUAAAUCAGGUAACUAGCAAGGAUAUUGAAAGGAUACUUGAUGGUUAAAGGAAAGAAGGAUGAGAGCCCUUGUUAAACAGCACAACUUAAGUAAAAAAAACAAGAGUUUACAAAGUGUUUUAACAUGCAGGAAAACAAAGAAGAUAAUAACAACAUAACGCCUGGGGGAAAUGACACAUUACUGGCAAUAAAGAAAUAUAAUAAAAUGAAAAUUGGUGGAAGAUAUAAAAGCUUUGAUGACUGUCACAUGAGCUGACAGGACAUUAAAAUGAAGACGCUAAAACAAAGACAUUAUAAGAGCCCAUGAUACCCAGCCAACACAGGAACCCAAUUACAAAAACCUGAGACCAAAGGGACUUUUAUAAAACAUGAAUAAGAAGACUAAAAGGUUUUAAAGAAGAUAAAAUCAUGUAAAAGCAAGUCUAUAAAAAUCUGUUUUAAGAUGUGAUUUCAAAGCAGUGACUGUUUCUGCACACCUGAUCUCCUCAGGAAGGUCGUUCCAAAGUCAAGGGGCCCUGAUGGAAAAGGCCCUGUCACCUUUAGUUACAAGUCUCGACUUUGGAACAACCAGGAGGCCCCUACCUGAGGAUCUCAGGGUGUGGGCUGGCUCAUAGGGGGUUAAAAGUUCUGUUGUAUAGAUUGGAGCCUGACCCUUCACUGCCUUAACAGUGAUGAGUAAAAUCUUAAAAUCAAUUCUAAAACUAACUUGAAGCCAAUGUAAAGAUGCUGCUAGAAUCUGGUUUCUGCUUCUGGCCCCAUCAUUGGUCUGCAUACGCCACACAGAAGUUUAUGUACUUAGACCAAGAUGCAACUCCUCAAAACUGUAACUCUGCAUUGAAACAUCAAAGCCCUGUGAUUGGUUUGCUUGGUGGCGGACAUUUCUGGUAUUGCUGCCAUCCCACACAACCACUUCCUCAGCAGCCAUAAUGAAAGCAUGCAAUAAUGAAAGCAUGACCAACUGUCUAAAUCUUUUGGAUUCACCAUCAGUGAGCACUCACGAUGUCCAAUCCAUAGAAUGAAAACGCAAGCAUGCUAACCAUACAUCUACUCUGUUUAAGCUCCCACUGAGCAAUAGACAGCUAUUAGAUGUCUAGUUUUUUUAAACCUAAUUUCAACCAUCUAGAUUCUGUAGAUUUAUAAACCAAAUAUAGACAUUACACUUUAACUAUUUAUCUCAAAAAGCAACUGUGAGUUGCAUUACUGAUCUCCAAGUACUUAACCAAAAUAAUUUUGAUAGCCGUUGAGCAAAAUACAGUUAGACCUCUGUUAGCCAGCUAGUCUAAACUUGGUCUAAAUUUAGAUGUCUAAAAACCUUUUAUUUUUAGACCUGUGGUAGCUGGAUUUUAGACCAGUCAUCUAGACUACAUUUAGAUGUCUAUUAGACCUCUUUUAGACCAAAAAAUACUCAGUGGGCUAGGUUAAAUAGUCUGAAAACAUUUUCUAGACAUUUUUUCAGUCAAACUUAGCUGUGAUUGAAAAAUCUAAUGACGAUGUCACUGGAUUCAACGUUGGUAGAGCUCUAAGCAUCAUCAUCAGAGAACCAUGUUUGUCAAAAGUUAGCUGCUUACCUAACACAGAAAUGUUGCGGUGCUUAGAUUAUUUUGCUCUUCUUUUGGUAAAACCAGAUAAAUUAGUGUCACUUUUUUUUCCAGAGAUGUGUUCCUCAAAGCUUUUAUUCUUUCUUACUCGUACCUCUAAUUAUUUCAGAACAGACUUACAUGCUGAAAAACAGAGUUUUAAGGCAAAGCUGCUUAUACUCAUGCUCGAGUGCUGCUGAAUGUUGUUUUGCAUUAAGUUUAAGUGUUAACAAUCUGCCAAGCCAUAGAGAGUUCCUCUGAAACAGAGAAAAGAAGUACAAGUGAAAGCUAUUCUUGGAUUCAAACGGCCUGCUCAAGUGUACCUCAUGAGAUGUGUAAUGUCUGUGCAAUGCCACAUCUGGUCCUACUUUUUGAAUUUGUAAACCUUAUAAUGGCACAUUGGUGUGUUUGCUGAAGAAAAGAUGAAGAACAGACAAACACUAAAAGCUGACUGCUAUGUUUUCGGUCUUACUCAGACACUACUAAAGCUGAAUCACCAAGAAUCAUCAAUGUCAUCCUGCCCGACCAGAGACACCACUUUCUGAUGCCUCUGGGAUAUGUCCUCACCUCCUUCCUGCUCCUGGCCUUCAUUAUCCUCAUCAUCAUCCUCAUCACACGCAGACGUAGAACCAAAGGUCAUUAUCCAACACCUCAGUUUGACUUAAGGUGGUUUGUAUAGAAUUUGUACUCCUUACACUCAGUACGUUCUUGUGUUUUCAGAAUUCCGUCCACAAGUUUCUGUAAGGUGAGUGAGAAUACGCACAUACACGCUCACGAUCAGAGUCUUUAUCUGAAACACACACUGAAGUUCCCUCUCUUUUUGACAGUGAAAGGUCAAGCAGGAGUCAGAGCAGCUCAGAGGAGUUUGAGAUGGAUGUGUCUGAAGUGAGUGUGUGCAGUCAGCAGGAGAAAAGAUUUGGUGAGUCAGAGGAGAGAUCAAGUGUGUGAAUAAAUACUGACUUUGUCAUAGCUCUGUGUGUAUCUUGACUUUGUCAUGUGUGGUUUUAGACUACAAGAACAACCUGCUGAAAGAGAAAAUCCACUUGAACUCCCAGCCUAAAGUCAUCGAUCUUGACAAAGGUAUGCAAAAUCAGCCUUUAUGACUUCACUUAACACCUUCCAAGCGUGUGUCCGGACUUUUUUGACUGGGAUGCCAACCAAGACUCUAACUCCUAAAGGGAGGUGAUACUAAUGUGCACAAUGUUUGAAUAAAAAAACCUCCAAAUGUAACACAUAAAUCAUCAUCCAAGCUAAGUUCUUUAAGGACUUUAAAAAUAUAUAUGAUUCUUUAGUCACCAUAUGAAGUUCUGAAAUCAAUCAGGAGAAAAUAUGCUUAAAGCCCCUGUGAAGAACUUUCCAUUGGAGCCCUUUUGGCGCCCCCCUGUGGACAAAGUGGCCUUUGCUUAUCUUGUCCUUUCCAUGCUAAGGAAAGUUUGUUUGACAAAACAGACUUUCCUAAGCAUGCCAACCCUUUCAGCUCCUUUGGAAAUGACCUGUCCUCCCUCCCUUUAUCCCCUACCAUAAUCGGAUUUCGUCUUUAUUUCUCACUUCUUUUUAAUUUCUUACAGAGAUGCAGAAGUUUUCCAAGUGAAAUAAAGAACGAAUAAAAGAGAAGCUGAGGUCACUGGCUGGUCCAGAGGCUGCUCUUCAAACCCAACAUCACCACCCUGCCUCAUGUCUGUCCUGUGGCAGGAGAAACUGCAGAAGAGAAAAGGUUGUGAAAGGCAGAAUAUGUGUUUCAGAAAUAUCAGCAUUACAGACCAAAAAGGCUUUUUUUGUGCUUGAUUAUUCCAAAAGUACCAGACAUGGAGAACUGCUCCAUUGAGUGAACAGCAACGCCACCCAGAGGAAGGGUUUAACAGGAAAUUGACUUAAGUUCAAAUCAGCUGAACCAAGGUGACUGAUUCGAAUUUUCAGGUAUCACAGCUAUGAUCAUUGCCCCUUGACUUGGAAAUGGUAAAUAACUUUUGUUUUUAAUGUUUUGCUGUAAUAUCCAUCUCAGCUUUACUGACCAACCACUGACGUGCUUCUGUCAGUGUGUGCUGCCUCCUAGAGGCUAUUUUCAACCGUAUUAAAACUGAUUUAUGAUAAAGUGUGAGUAUAAAGUUUAUUAUGAUGCCCAGACCAGACUGUAUUUUUAUGUUCAUCUUCUCCAUGCAUUAAAAUUGCAUGUUUGAUGCUUGUGUUUAAA